AUGUCUGACCACCGAGCCCUCAAGUCCACAUCUUCACGCCCACGCCACCCACCUCGUCAAAUCACACGUGGCAUGAACUUCACACUUUCCGGCGCCGGUUUCGUGGCCGACUUCGCUCUGCAAACCAGUCACAGUGACCUGAGUGUUGACGCCCACAUUGCGCCUUUUCCGCUCUCUCGUCCACUUUUAGAAAUCAGCACAAUCUCAAUCCAGCAAGGAUAG